ACGUCGUCUGCUGUGUUGUUUGGACUCAACCAUCACGUCAAUGGGUGUUUUAUUGAGCUGUUGCAUGGUACAGACCAGUGUCAUGGCUCCCUGAACAAGUAGAUGAGCAAGAGAUACCGGUUUUUUGAUUACGUUAUAAUUAGCUAGCUAGAGUUUUUUUUAUUCAGCGUUUGAUAGCACUCUAGUUCUAUCUACCUUUUUUCUCUAGUAUUACUUUAUAUUUGAGAGAGGUAGUAAAACCAGUUUAUCAAAAUGGCAGGGAGUAGCAUGGCACAGAAAACAUGGGAGCUACAAAACAGUAUGCAGGAAGUUCAGAGCAUAGAUGAAAUUUAUAAAUAUGACAAAAAACAACAGCAAGAAAUCCUUGCUGCGAAGCCAUGGACAAAGGAUCAUCAAUACUUUAAGUACUGCAAGAUCUCUGCUCUGGCGCUGCUGAAAAUGGUGAUGCACGCCAGGUCCGGGGGCAACCUAGAGGUGAUGGGACUGAUGCUGGGUAAAGUGGACGGGGAGACCAUGAACAUCAUGGACAGCUUUGCCUUACCAGUGGAGGGCACAGAGACCCGGGUCAACGCGCAGGCUGCGGCUUAUGAAUACAUGGCUGCCUACAUUGAGAAUGCCAAACAGGUUGGUCGGCUGGAGAACGCCAUUGGCUGGUACCACAGUCAUCCAGGCUACGGCUGCUGGUUGUCAGGUAUCGAUGUCAGCACUCAGAUGCUCAACCAGCAGUUUCAAGAGCCCUUCGUGGCAGUGGUGAUUGACCCCACUCGCACCAUAUCUGCAGGGAAAGUCAAUCUUGGCGCCUUCAGAACAUAUCCCAAAGGUUACAAACCUCCUGAUGAAGGACCCUCUGAGUAUCAGACGAUUCCCCUGAACAAGAUCGAAGACUUUGGUGUGCACUGCAAACAGUAUUAUGCCUUGGAGGUGACUUAUUUCAAGUCUUCCCUCGACCGGAAAUUACUGGAGCUCCUCUGGAAUAAAUACUGGGUCAACACUCUGAGCUCUUCAAGUCUUCUGACGAAUUCAGAAUACACCACAGGCCAGGUGUUUGACCUGUCUGAGAAGCUGGAGCAGUCGGAGGCUCAGCUGGGAAGAGGAAGCUUCAUGCUGGGCCUGGACACACACGACAGGAAGUCUGAGGACAAACUGGCCAAAGCUACACGAGACAGCUGCAAGACGACCAUUGAGGCGAUCCAUGGUCUGAUGUCUCAAGUCAUCAAGGAUAAACUCUUCAAUCAAAUCAACACGUCUGCCAACUAAGCCCGAAAUGGCCCAAGUCGAGUUCACGCCUCGUGUGUGUGUGUGUGUGUGUGUGUGUGUAUUACUGUGUAUGUUUAGCAUUUAGAUUCUUGUUAGCAGAAUGAUCUGUCACUUAUUAUCUGAAGAAAGUUAGUGAAUGAUUGAUCUCAACUUGUGUGCACGUAAAUAAAUAGUGGUGUUUAAAGUGUA